AUGAAUAGUUAUCUAGAUACAGCCGAAGGAGGCCAUGACUGGGUGUAUGAAGAAAGUUCCCAAAAUGAAGAGUCUACUGAGAAAUAUCCAAUGCUAGAGAAGAAUAAAACAGAACCAAGCAAAAAGAACUUUUUUGUACGAUUCUUUUCUUGCUUUGGUAGAUUUAUAAGUAGGUCCUGUCUUACACUAUUAGGGAUACUGUUGGCUACAAUUAUCUUAACAGUUAUAUUUCUUAUUUUAGGAUACGUUUAUUCUCCUACUAUUAAAAAUAUGAUUCUAAUUUUAUAUGCAGAAAUUUCCAAGAGUCUUACAAAGAUAUGGGAAACAACAAAAAAUAUCAAACUGAUCAUUCGAAAUGGCACUUAUUUUUGGAGUGUUUAG